AUGACACAGAAGAUUGAGGACGGUGACCAGAAAAAUGCGCCAUUCUCCCGUCUACAGUCAACGCUCGGCACUGUGGGUUGGCCAAUCACUCAGGCGUCGAUGUCCGUUCUCCUUGGGAUCUCUUCACUUGCAUUCGUUGACAGUUAUGUCGUACAAACCUGCUUCAAAACUGUCCUACUUGUUAUUACAUUUGGGACUAUUCAUGCGCUAGUCUUUCUUCCACUGGUGCUGAUGUACUCUCACAAAGCCUACCUCUGCUUAGCCGAUUUAUCACGACGUCGACGAUCUCCAACACAAAUCCAUCCACGAAAGCAACUC